GCUGUGCCUCUGAUCGAAGAACAGCGUUGUUUGUUUAAGUCAGCGUGUCUGUAACAGUCGUACAAUGUCACAUUCGCCGAGAACCAAGAGAUUGAGGAAGUCUGAAGAGAGUUCUGGUGAAAGCGCAAAUGCUAACGAAUUCUUUUCAGGCAUUGGUAAGAUUGAAUACAAGCCGAAUGCUGGUCCCGAAGAUGUCAUGUGUUUCAAGCACUAUGCUGCCAAAGAGGUGAUCCAUGGGAAGUCAAUGGCAGAUUGGUUGAGGUUUUCCGUAUGUUACUGGCAUACAUUCCGAGGAACUGGUGCCGAUCCUUUUGGGUUCCCAACAAUUGAAAGACCAUGGGAAGACGGGAGUGACAGUAUUGAGAAUGCUAAAAGACGUCUGCGAGCUGCAUUUGAAUUUUUCACUAAACUUGGUGUGAAGUAUUGGACUUUUCACGACAGGUAG